UCUCAACGACAUUAGAAAAAAAAGAAAAAAGUACUUCUGCCCCAAACCACUCUUUAAUUUCCUUCACAUUUCUCUAAACAGAAGCCAAUACUGAAAACGACUUCUACCAAGAACACGUUAUUCCUCGCUAAUAUCUCUCUCUCUCUCUCUCUCUCUCUCUCUGAAAUGGCUUCCAAUCUCUCCCAAACGGGUCAAACCACUAGUUUGUAACUGCAAAAGGUUUCCGGUCCUCUCUCUCUCUCUCUCUGAUGUCUUCCAACAAGAAAAAGCUCAUCAGAACCAUAUUUACAUCCAAUGCAGGCUGUGGCUGUAGCAGAACAAAACCGUCGGAUGUAUUUCAGCCGACGGCAAAGCCUCGGAAAAUCACCGCCGACGAGAACCCAAAUCCUUGCGUUUCCUCCUCGAGCUCCUGCGACAGGAACGGCGGGCUUUCAGUUGACGAAGAAGAUUUCACCUCCCCAACCACAAUCUCCGAAUCCGAAACCGAUCCAAAGAGUUCGAAGAUUCCGACGCCGUGCCCAAAAAUCAGCGACAGCAUCGCCGUGGAGAAGGACUCGAGCGACCCUUAUCAAGAUUUCCGGCAUUCAAUGCUUCAGAUGAUCUUGAAGAAAGAGAUAUACUCGAAAGAUGAUCUUCGAGAGCUUCUUGAUUGCUUUCUUCGGCUGAAUUCGCCUUGCCACCAUGACGUCAUCGUUAAAGCUUUCAAGGAGAUCUGGGAUGAGGUUCUCUCCGAUAGGCUGAUGCUGCAGAAACCGUCGAGAUCGACCAUGUGAAUGAAUCGUAGGUGGUUUUGGCACGUGUGAGAGCCAUGGGAGGUCAUUGAAUUCGCACGUGGAAGGAAGCUGCAUGGGAAGGUAACCAGUACCCACUUCAUUAGUCAUCAAUAGAUGGGCUUCGAUACUGCUCCAAAAUUAAAGCAUGGCAGGAGAUGAGCUAUAUUGUGGCGGUGGCCUCGAAAUUAAUAAUUAUAUAUUGAAAGGGGAAGAGUUUUUAAUUUCUCUCUGCUCAGUAAAGGUCAUAAUCUUUUUU